AUGAGCGACAAGUUCACGGAGACGUCCGCUGCUCGCUUUGUAAGGCAGUUUCAAGAGGAUGAUUUGGCUGAAAAUUCAGAUUAUGCCCUUUUAAAGCACACGAAAGCACAUCUUCAAAAUAAGCUUCUGCGGAAAAAAUACCUGGUAAAACAACUUCAAGUGCUAUACGCACAGCUCGAUAAGACCCGCAACUACCAGGAGUUCGUGGAUACGUUAAUGGGCAGCAGACAGCUCCUACGAGAGGUGUUUGCUUUAGAACAGCAUUCUGAGACUUCGUCGAAGGUGACAUCAGAGGUUCGUCAUCAUCAUCAUCAUCACUCUAGUAGGAGCGAUGUGACAACUCCCAGCAUCAACUGGAAUAAGUAUGGCAUCGAUGUGGAGGAGUAUUUGCUGGCAAACGACGCAAGUCGCGAUUUAGUCCACCAGAGCGGCUGGGUCUUUCACGACAUGUAA